ACCGGCAGAGCUUCCCUACCACGGGCGCUGCAGACCCGGCUCUGGGAGACCCCUGUACCCCGAAGCGUCGCAGGCUCUCGCGGCCGGAUCAGGGAGGAGGCUCACAGGCUCCAGCGCUGCCAUGUGAGCUGCAGCGGCGACUCGCACCUGGCGCCGCACCUGGGGCUCCGCGGCCCUCGGGGACAAUGCGCGCCUCCAGCAGUCACCGCGUCCGCACCUGACCAUGGAGUGCGCCCUCCUGUUCGCGUGCGCCCUCCGGGCCGCUGGUCCCGGGCCGCCGUGGGGCCCCGCGGGACUACGGCGUCUGGCCAAGGCGCUCCAGCUGUGCUGCCUCUGCUGUGCUUCGGUGGCCGUCGCCUUAGCCAGUGACAGCAGCAGCGGUGGCAGCGGAUUAAAUGAUGAUUACGUCUUUGUCACGCCAGUAGAAGUGGACUCGGGCGGGUCAUAUAUCUCACACGACAUUUUGCACAACAGGAAAAGGCGUUCGGCACACGGUGCCAGCAGCUGCCUGCACUACCGCUUUUCAGCAUUUGGACAGGAUCUGCACUUAGAGCUUAAGCCCUCGGCGAUCUUGAGCAGUCACUUUAUAGUCCAGGUACUUGGAAAGGACGGUGCUUCAGAGACUCGGGAGCCUGAGGUGCAACAGUGUUUGUAUCAGGGAUUUAUCAGAAAUGACAGUUCGUCCUCUGUUGCUGUGUCUACGUGUGCCGGCUUGUCAGGUCUGAUAAGGACACGAGACAAUGAAUUCCUCAUCUCACCGCUACCUCAGCUGCUGGCCCAGGAACACAACUACAGCUCGCCUGCAGGCCACCAUCCUCACGUCCUGUACAAAAGGACAGCAGAGAAGAGGGUCCAGCGGUACCAAGACUACCCUGGCUCCCACCGGAUUUAUCCUGGUCACUCCCCAAGUCACACUCCCCCUGCCUCCCAGAGCCAAGAGACAGAGUACCGCCAUCGAAGGCGGCAAAGGCAGCAUUUCUGUGGACGACGCAAGAAAUAUGCCCCCAAGCCUCCUUCAGAGGACACCUAUCUACGCUUUGAUGAAUAUGGGGGCACAGGGCGGCCCAGAAGAUCAGCUGGAAAGUCACAAAAGGGUCUCAAUGUAGAAACCCUCGUGGUGGCAGAUGCAAAGAUGGUGGAAAAACACGGCAAGGGUGAUGUUACCACGUACAUUCUCACAGUCAUGAAUAUGGUCUCUAGCUUGUUCAAAGAUGGGACCAUUGGAAGUGAUAUAAAUAUCGUGGUUGUGAGCCUAAUCCUUUUGGAGCAAGAACCUGGAGGAUUGCUGAUCAACCACCAUGCAGACCAGUCUCUAAAUAGCUUCUGCCAGUGGCAGUCUGCGCUCGUGGGAAAGAAUGGCAAGAGGCAUGACCAUGCCAUCCUCCUCACGGGAUUUGACAUUUGUUCCUGGAAGAAUGAACCAUGUGACACACUAGGAUUUGCCCCAAUCAGUGGAAUGUGCAGUAAGUACCGAAGCUGUACCAUCAAUGAAGACACAGGACUUGGCCUUGCCUUCACCAUUGCUCAUGAGUCAGGGCAUAACUUUGGCAUGGUUCAUGAUGGUGAAGGCAACCCCUGUAGGAAGGCAGAAGGCAACAUCAUGUCACCCACACUGACUGGAAACAAUGGGGUGUUUUCAUGGUCUUCCUGCAGCCGACAGUAUCUCAAGAAAUUCCUCAGUACACCACAGGCUGGCUGUCUGGUGGAUGAGCCCAAGCAAACAGGACAGUAUAAAUAUCCGGACAAACUCCCAGGACAGAUUUAUGAUGCCGACACACAGUGUAAGUGGCAAUUUGGAGCCAAAGCCAAGCUGUGCAGCCUUGGGGUUAUGAAGGAUAUUUGCAAAUCACUCUGGUGCCACCGCGUGGGCCACAGAUGUGAAACCAAGUUCAUGCCUGCAGCAGAAGGGACCGUUUGUGGCUUGAGUAUGUGGUGUCGACAGGGCCAGUGUGUAAAGCUUGGAGAGCUCGGCCCCCGGCCCAUCCAUGGCCAGUGGUCUGCCUGGUCGAAGUGGUCAGAAUGUUCGCGCACUUGUGGUGGAGGAGUCAAGUACCAGGAGAGGCACUGUAGUAACCCCAAGCCUCAGUAUGGUGGCAAGUUCUGUCCAGGAUCUAGCCGUAUCUACAAACUGUGCAACAUUAACCCUUGUAGUGAAAACAGCUUGGACUUCCGCGCCCAGCAGUGUGCAGAGUAUAACAACAAGCCCUUCCGGGGAUGGUUGUAUCGGUGGAGACCCUAUACCAAAGUUGAAGAGGAAGAUCGAUGUAAGCUCUACUGCAAGGCUGAAAACUUCGAGUUUUUUUUCGCCAUGUCCGGCAAGGUGAAAGACGGGACACCCUGUUCCCCACACAGAAACGAUGUCUGCAUCGAUGGGAUUUGUGAACCAGUGGGAUGUGACCAUGAACUUGGCUCUAAGGCAGUGUCAGAUGCAUGUGGUGUUUGCAAAGGUGACAAUUCAACUUGCAAGUUCUAUAAAGGCCUGUACCUCAGUCAGCACAAAGCGAACGAAUAUUAUCCUGUGGUCACCAUCCCACCUGGGGCCCACAGCAUUGAGAUCCAGGAGCUGCAGCUUUCUUCCAGCUAUCUUGCCGUUCGAAGCCUCAGUCAAAAGUAUUACCUCACUGGGGGCUGGAACAUCGACUGGCCUGGGGACUUCACCUUCGCAGGGACCACAUUUGAAUACCAGCGGUCCUUUAACCACCCAGAACGCCUGUAUGCACCAGGACCCACAAAUGAGACGCUGGUCAUUGAAAUUCUGACACAAGGCAAGAAUCCGGGGAUCACAUGGAAGUAUGCACUUCCCAAGGUCAUGAACGUAACUCAGCCAACCACAAAGAGGUACCAGUACACCUGGCACACAGUGCAGUCUGACUGCUCAGUCUCCUGUGGGGGAGGUUACAUAAGCAUCAAGGCCAUUUGCUUACGAGAUCCAAACACUCAAGUCAACUCCUCAUUCUGCAAUGUCAGAACCAAGCCAGCAACAGAACCCAAGACCUGCAAUGCUUUCUCCUGCCCAGCCUAUUGGUUGCCAGGUGAAUGGAGUGUAUGUAGCAAGUCCUGUGCCGGGGGCCAGCAAAGCCGGAAGAUACGGUGCGUGCAGAAGAAGCCCUUCCAGAAGGAGGAAGCUGUGUUGCAUUCUCUCUGCCCAGUGAGCACACCCACUCAGGUUCAAGUAUGCAACAGCCAUGCCUGCCCUCCAGAGUGGAGCCCUGGGCCCUGGUCUCAGUGUUCCAAGACAUGUGGACGAGGAGUUAGGAGACGUGAGGUCCUUUGUAAAAACUCUGCAUCAGAGACGCUCUCAGAGAGCCUGUGUUCUGGCAGCCCCAGACCUGAGACACAGGAGGGCUGUGUGCUGGGACGAUGCCCCAAAAACAAUCGGCUCCAGUGGAUCACCUCUUCAUGGAGUGAGUGUUCUGCAACCUGUGGUUUGGGUGUGAGGAAGAGAGAGCUGAAGUGCAGUGAGAAGACCUUGCAGGGGAAACUGAUAACAUUCCCAGAGCGGAGAUGCCGCAACCUUAAGAAGCCAAACCUGGAACUGGAAGAAACCUGCAACAGAAGGGCUUGCCCCGUGUACAGCGUGGUGGCAGGGUGGUAUUCCUCACCAUGGCAACAGUGCACGGUAACCUGUGGGGGAGGGGUCCAGACCCGAUCUGUCCACUGUGUGCAGCAAGGCCGGCCUUCUUCAAGUUGUUUGCUCCAUCAGAAGCCUCCGGUGCUCAGAGCCUGCAAUACAAACUUCUGUCCAGCUCCUGAAAAGAGAGAUGAUCCAUCCUGUGUUGAUUUCUUCAGCUGGUGUCAUCUGGUCCCUCAGCAUGGGGUCUGCAACCACAAAUUUUACGGAAAACAGUGUUGUAGGUCAUGCACAAAGAAGAGCUGAUCCAGAGACCAUGCAACCUCCUCAGACCAGGACCUUACCUGCCCAUCUCCAGGUCUUUUGAUCAAGACUACAAACCACACAGGAACUGCCACCGAGUUUGAAGAAUGGAUAGACAGCCACUAGCCUCCUUAGUCAACCCCUAGAAGCACAUGGUACUCUAAAGCACGUGACAAUGAGAAGUGAUGACAAAUCCAGCUUUAAAAAACAACAACAAAAAAAGCCUUCUAUUUGCACUGUCAUUUGAAAGAUGAGAUGCAUCAUACUGAGACAUGUCAGGUUUUCAUUUUGACCAAGUGAAAAUCUUGUUGACUUUGGGGUGAGUCUCCUCUCCACACACAUACCCUUGAACAUCAAAGGAGUCAAGGGCAAAGACAUCUAUUUUUUAAAAGGCCCGUGAAGGCUUCAGGUCAAAGACUGACACUCAGAGCCAUCAAAUACAUGAAUGGAACUCUUUGCCCAGCAGUUGCUUGGAAUUUAGAGUGUCAAAAUCUGACAACAAACGGUGCUCAAUGGGUGCUUGCUGCUGGACUGGCAAGCUGUAUCUUAUGUUUAUUUUCUGUGUGUUGUUUAUUGGGUUUCAAGUAUAGUCUGCCUCUAGAGAGUCUCCAAGACUGAAAUUAACAACUUGAAACAUAUUCCCAGUAGCAUUCUGGAAGCAGGGUCACAUGGGCUAUUUAAGAUCUUCGUGUAAUUAAAAUUCACACUUGAAGGGGAAAAAACUCAAAUCUUGAUGCCCUUCAUGUGACAUCAACCUCAUAACUUUUGGUGCUUAUUGACUGGGGAUGAGGGAGGCUGGUGCCUGCUCUUUGGGAACAAGAACUGGUGACAUGAUCAUUUUGGUAAAAAUAGGCGCUAACUGGUAAAAUAGCAUGCUUGAAGGAGGGAAGCCUACCAUUUAUAAUGCUCCAGACAUAUUAUCAGAAUGCUUAGAAAAUUAAAGACUGCUUGUGGUUUUUGCCCACCAACUGACAAGUUUCAAUUCACCCCAGGACUUGGUCAACAAGGAAAAAAAUAAAUAAAACACAGUGGCCAGAGAAAAAUCCAUCUGUCUUCUUGCUACAUUAAUAAAUUACAACUCACCAAGCCCUUCCAUGAAUAACAGUACUUUACCAUGUCUCAGAUGAGAUUUUUGGUCAUCAGGAGCCAGCUGUUGAUGGGCAUUAACAAGCUUAAAAUUGUUCUCAAUUGGAAAAACACCAUUCUGUUUGCCAAAGCCAGAGUAACUUAUAAGACUGUGUUCCCCUGUAAUUCUUUGAGAAGUGGUUCUACAGGGCAUGUUUAUAUGAUACUACUCCAUCCCCCCAGUUUCUUGGAUGAAUGUACACUCAUUUUUACUGCUUCUCAGAGUCUCGGUUCAAACAGGGGUUUGCCAGCUCAGCAGAACCAGCUAGACAGUGGUCUGUUAAAUUUAACAGCAUUCCUUGUUCCCAUCCUAGUGGGAAUCAUGAGUCCUUGGAUGCCAUGGAAGUGAAAAGUUGCCAUGGAAGUGAAAAGUAACAGCUUGGCCUUCUUGGCUUGGCCCUUCAGUAGCCAUUUUGAUAUGAGGAGAGAGAAAAAAAUAAUACCACACUACCAUUCCCUUGCUCUCUGAAAAGUGGGAAGUUAUUUGUCUUUAUAUAAUUAUCAUUUUAUUAUUUUAUGGGAAAGAAUUAAUUUAUUAAUAACCUAUUCUUAUGUGUUCUCACUCGCUUCUUUGAGUAAGUGAUAUUCUGAGGGAAAAUGUUGAAUUAAAAAAAAACAUGGAUUAUAGAGAAAAGUCAAAAUAUAUGUGUAAUAUUUAAUUAUUUUAUGUUUUAUAAUAAAGUAUUCUGUUUCUUUAUCUUUGAAA